UACAAAAACACGUAGGUUAGAAAUCAUGUUCACGUCUUGGUUAAUAAAACGCCCAUGGUGUAACAAGUUUCCAAAAAGAUAUGUGUCAAACGGCACAACAAUCGUAAAGAAGGAAUAUGGAGAAAAGGAAAUCACGAAAAUUCGAAACAUCGGAAUUUUGGCACACAUCGAUGCUGGCAAAACCACUACUACAGAAAGAAUGUUAUACUAUUCUGGUCUCAUUAAACAUAUGGGAGAGGUUCACCAUGGGAAUACGGUAACAGAUUAUAUGGAUCAAGAACGUCAGCGUGGUAUAACCAUUACUUCUGCAGCAGUGACAUUUCAAUGGAAAAACUACCGUAUUAAUUUAAUCGACACUCCAGGACACAUUGACUUUACUAUGGAAGUGGAGCAAACCUUAAGAGUAUUAGAUGGUGCAGUGGUCAUAUUAGAUGGAAGUGCAGGUGUUGAAGCUCAGACAUUGACAGUCUGCAGACAAGCUGACAGAUAUGAUAUUCCUAGAAUUAUUUAUGUAAAUAAGAUGGACAGGACAGAUGCUAAUUUUGACAGUAGUUUAAAAUCUAUUGAAUCUAAGUUAGACACAGAAGUAUUACCUACACAAUUUCCAAUUAAAGAGAAAGGAAAUUUAGAAGGAAUUGUGGAUGUUAUUACUUUAGAAAAAUUGAUCUUUGCAAAGAAAGAUAUGGGUAUGAAAUAUUCCAGAGUAAAAUUAUCUGAGAAUGAAGAUACAACUUUAUGGGAGAUGGCAAAUGAAAAACGUAGAAGCUUAACAGAUAAAUUAUCCAAUAUGGAUGACGAAUUAGCUAAUAUAAUAAUAGAACAGGAAUCUUUGGAUGCAGUAACUCCGCAAAUGUUAAUUGAUUCCUUGCACAGAUCAACUAUUAGUAGAAAAGGUGUUCCUGUGCUCUUAGGUAGUUCUUAUAAAAAUAUUGGAGUUCAACCUUUAAUGGACGGCGUUCUCUUGUAUUUACCAUCACCCAAUAAAACUAAAUCUUCUGCGUAUUACCGUUGUUUUCAUAACAAACUUUGCGCCAGGGCAUUUAAAGUCGUCCACGAUAAGCAAAAAGGACCAAUUUCAUUUUUUCGAAUUUAUAGCGGCAGCGUAGAAAAAGGCAUGAAGCUAUAUAACGUCCGGAAAGAAGAGAAGGAACUCGUAGGAAAAUUGUAUACCGCGUACGCUGACGAGUACCAAGAAAUACCGAAGAUCACAUGUGGCAAUAUUGCAGCGAUAACGGGAUUAAAAAGUACAACAGCUGGAGAUUUAGUAACGACAGGUCGAACAACGACAGAGGAAGCAAAAAAAGAACUAAAGGCAGAGAAAGGUGUUACACUGGAAGAUGUAGAGAAAGUAUUUGACAACAAUAUUAGGACGUUAGAGCCAGUCUUUUUUUGUUCGAUUGAGGCGCCAUCGUUAUCUAUGCAAACACUUUUAGAGAAGGCUCUUCAAGAACUCGAAAGAGAAGACCCAAGUUUAAGAGUAACUCAAAAUAAAGAAACUGGUCAGAUCGUGCUUGGAGGAAUGGGUGAACUGCAUUUAGAAAUUAUUAAAGAAAGAAUUAGAACCGAAUAUAAAGUCGAUGCUGAUUUAGGUCCUUUGCAAAUCUCCUAUAGAGAAACUAUAAAGGAACCUAUUUUAGAUACCUUUUCGACUGAAUAUAAGAUAGGAAGCGCUAAUAUAAAAAUUACAAUAAUCAUGUCGUUGAUACCAAACUAUCAAGGAAAGGAGACUUUAUUAUUAGAUAAAUCACAGAAUUAUGGUGAUAGCUUAAAUGCUAUACCGGCACAUAUAAUGAAAGCAGUGAGGAAUGGUGUUAAAUCAGUUCUUUUGCACGGACCGAAAUUAAGUUAUCCGGUCGUGAAUAUGGGUGUUAAAUUGCAUAGUUUAGAAUAUGGAUCUAAUACUGCGCCAUCGUCAAUCAAUGCUGCUGUUUCACAGUGUAUUCGACAGUUGAUGAAGAAUGUUGGAGUUACACUUCUAGAACCUGUAAUGCGAGUGGAAAUUGUGGUGCCUGAGGAAUAUUUAAGUGUCAUCAUGAAAGACCUGCCAAAAAGACGUGCAGAAGUAAAAUAUAUAGAUGCUUAUGGACAAAACAAGGUGGUCUACUGCCUUAUUCCGUUAGUCGAGUUACUAGGAUACUCAAAAGCAAUAAGAAUAAUCUCAUCAGGGCAUGCAACGUUCUCGUUAGAAUUUGACCAUUACGAAGUAAUGGAUUCGAUGAACGAGGCAGAAGCGAUUAAAAGAGUUACUGGAUUCUAUUAAAAAAUUUAGAAAAUUCUAUUAAAAAAGUGUGAAAUAAAAAAGGUAUCUUUCUCAGCAUAGAAUAUGCAAUAUUAUUUAUACCAAAUAUCUGUUGUAUUUUAAGAUAUUAGUGAUUUAAUUGUACAAAGAUAGAAAUUAAAUCGUUAUAAAAAUUA